AUGUCUACCUCAGUCAUACCAGCCGAGCCCCAGCUCGCCUCCUACAGAUUUGAACCUCUAGUGCAAAUCGCAACGACUCUGUUUGCAUACACCAUAGCCUUGCUCUCCACCAUCGCCAACAACUUCAGCGCAGGACUCUUCGCUGCUACAUAUGAACACAUCACCCACCCCCUCCUCGGCCACUCCCCAGCCUACAUCGCAAACAAAGGCAUAGAAGCCGGCACCAGCUCCGCAGCCGUGCUAGACUCCUUUCUCAUGCUUCCGGAAGCGGGAAUCACCACCGACCUGGCUCUUUAUCAUCCUGCUGGUGACGAAGACGAUGAGUUUGGGUCUGAGAGUACGGGCUCUGGCUGGUCAGGGACAUUCUUCGAUAAGAAGAUCUGGGAGAAAUUUGAUGAGUAUGUUGCUUGGAUUUUGGCUUCUUAUGUUGCGGAGAGGAAUGCGAGGGCUGAGUUGAGGGUUGGGGGUGAUGUUGUUGAAGAGAAUGGGGAGGUAGACGAGGAAGAGGUGGAGGAAGAUGAGGAGGAUACGAACGAGGACCAUGAUGAAGAGGAUGACUACGUGAUCAUCAAUGACGACAUGUUUGACGACGACGAACACGAGGACGAGCAGGCUCCUCCCAAGCACGAUAAUACAUCAAACCAGGGCGUCGGCGCCUCGAUGGCCCUGCUCGAACUGCAUGAUGCCAAAUUCAAGGAGAUCAUCGCCCAGCACAAGGGGUCCCUCACCCGCGAGACUCCUCGAAUGCAGAUCAAGCGGAAGGUUGCUCAGCUUAGGCAUGUCGUGAUUAACAAGGCUUCGCCUAUCACGGAGGCGGAGUACAAUAGGCUUGUAGCCGCCAGCUAUGUCUCCUGUCUUUCUCAGUCGGCCUCCAGCAAGGGUUUCAUCUCUCCCAGCUCAGUGUCCAGCAAUUCCUCAAAACCUCCUCACUCGGCCGCCAGCACUGUCUCCGUUCCUACCGGCUGUAUCUCCAGAAAUGCCUCCAUCUCCCCCAGCUUAGGGUCCAGCGAUGUUUCUAAGCGUCUCCAAUCAGCAUCUACCAACACCUCCAUCUCUUCCAGCACAGUGUUUAGCAAUACCUCAAGCCCUCCUGGCUCAACCUCCAGCAAUGCCUUCAGCCAGCUCAGCUCAGCGCCCAGUAAUGGUUCCAAUCCUCCCAGCUCUAACACCAGAAAAGCCUCCAAGCGUCCUCACUCGGCCUCCAGCAAUACCUCGAAUCCUCCCUCCAGUAAUGGCCCCAUUCCUCUUAGCUCAGCGUCAUGGGGGAAUGCCUCACUCCCACCCAGCUCAACCUCCAGCAACGCCUCCACUCACCAUGGAACCUCAACCAGCGCCGUGCCCUGCACAUCCACCAGCCGUGCCCCUAUCCAGGCUACCUCUCCGACGAGCAGUACAGUCCCAAGCACUUCUUUGAUGAACGAGCCUCCAACCGGCACCAUACCCAGCACCAACAUCCGACCCAAAGAACAAGAACAGCCCGAAGAACGACCCUCAACCUCCAGCUACCACCAUCCAGAAUCAACCACCAGCACGCCUCUCACACAAGAGCCACAAGAUACCACACCCCCAGAACAACCCACACCCACAGCUCCAACCUCAAGCCUCAACCACAACCCAGAACCAACCCCGUCCCCAACGCCCUCAACACCCAGAAUCAAACCCCAAGAACUGCAAACACUCCACCCCCAACUCGUAACCACCACACCCCUUAACCUUAACCGAAACUCCCAAAACCCCCAAAUCACCCCCAACCAAACGAACCCCCCAACAACAAAGCUAACCGUCGAAGAACGCGAAGACCUCCUAGACCUAAAAACCACGCUAAACCUCCUGCUAAACCAGACCGCCAUGCGAAUCGACAAAAACCCCAAGUACGCAGAGCACGCCGCCCUCGCUCUCCAGCACGCCGCAGCGACAGUGACCUCCCUCGCAGCAGCGCCCCGGAUGCCCCGGUCCCCCCCGCGGCAGCAGCAGCAGCUACCGAAAAACUUCAAAUCCGUGGGAUUCAACCCCAUGGUCACCCGCAUCGAGACGAAAGGGUGGGUUUGGGUGGGGGUGGGGGACUAUGGAGGGAGAGGUGGUUGGGGAGGGGGGGAUAUUUAUUUCUUAUCAGGGUUUUGUGGUGUCUAG